UGAGACUUGCUUUUGCGUUCAUUCAUCAUCGUAGAAACUCUAACCUCUCAUUUUCUCUCCCAAAAGAUAUAUACACAACACUCACUAAAGAAAAACAGACAAGGCUCUGUGUGUUGUUUGGGUUCUUUCUUUGAAUCUUUAAAGAAAAAAUUAACAAUGAAAGCAAUAAUAUCACCGGUGGUAUCAAAAGCUACCGUCUUUAACUCUCAUAAUGACCGUUUCUUUCUCUCUGUGUAUCCUCAUUCACCACCACUACUACUUCAAUCACCUCGUCUUGAUUCAAGAUUGUGUGCCAAACGACACCGUAAUGUCAAGCUAGUGUUUGUGGCAAAAGCUGCUGACUCAACUCAGCCUUCUACUGCUUCUACUGCUAAAGCUAUUGUUUCUGAUGAAGAAUUCUCUCUUGCUAAGGUUUCAUUUGGUGUCAUUGGACUGGGUGUUGGGAUUUCACUCCUAUCGUACGGUUUUGGGGCAUACUUUAAUAUUCUCCCAGGAUCUGAGUGGUCAGCUAUAAUGCUAACAUAUGGCUUCCCUCUUGCAAUUAUUGGUAUGGCUCUCAAGUAUGCAGAAUUGAAGCCAGUUCCAUGCUUAACUUAUUCUGAUGCUCAAAUGUUAAGGGAAACGAGUGCCACUCCAAUCCUUAAACAGGUCAGAAAUGAUGUUAUAAGAUAUCGAUAUGGAGAUGAGCAGCAUUUGGAUGAGGCAUUGAAGCGCAUUUUCCAGUAUGGCCAGGGUGGAGGAAUUCCUAGGAGGAGUGCACCUAUUUUACAAAUGAUUCGUGAAGAGGUGACAGAGGAUGGUAAAUACUGUCUCGUCCUAGUAUUUGAGGCAAAAGCUUUAGAGUUGUUGGAUUUUGAGAAAAGACAGGCGAAGUUUGCUUCAUUCUUUGGACCAAACAUCACAGCUGAAGUUGGUAAGGGAGAUAAUGACCUAUACGAAGUCCGACUUAUUUCCAACUUAAGUGUGAAUGCUUCAUCUUCAUGAAGCGAAUAAUGGUAUUAUCUAGUUCUGCUGUUAUACUUUAGCUUUUGUUCAUUAACAUAGUUUGUGAAAGUUAUAUAUUUUGAUAUUUUAGAUUUUAGGUUGUCAUUUGUUUUUGCAACUUGUAAAUUUUUAAAGAAACACAAGUAUGUACAAAAUCUGUUGUAAAAUUAUGAAUGAAAUGAUGAAGAGCUAUAAAGAAUCAUAACAGGAAUGGAAUGAGCAAUUUCAUUAA